AAGAUCAGCUGAUUGUGUGGUGUCAUACUAGUAUGUAUGCAUUGAACUUGUUGGGCAUUACAGCUUGGCUGUGUGUAAUGAGCAGGAACGAUACAACUUGUUUUGUACUAACUCGAUUAACCAAUGCUAUCUAUCUUGCAGAACUUAGUCCUUUGAUAAAUUUGCUGUUUUACAAAUAUUAUAUUCGAAGUAGAAUCUGCCUGGAUGUGAAAGUGGAACAUAUUCUUUGAACAUGGUUCUGCCUCUUGGUCUUCUAGAGUUAGAAAGCUAGAUCUAACAGUUAGAUGAGUUUGGAAUUGGUUUGAAGCUGGGCUGUUCGUGCUCUUGCAGUUGCACUUGAUGUUGAAAUACAUAUAGGGCCUAGAUCUGAUCGGAUUUGUGAGAAAUACAUAGCAUACCUCUACAGCUUACAAGGAGAUCCAGUGUAAAUUCAGAUCUAUAGCUCUCGGCCUUGAUCAAUAUUUUUGUCGGGAAGUCAACUCGAGAUUAUUCUUAAUGUGCCAUUGACAACUAGUAGGAUGAGAGGACUGUAGCCAGCUGCAAAUCGGCCAGCAUGAAUUACGUGGGUCGCCUGAUAUCGGGGGUGAAAACCUUCUACAGCGAGAUCAACCCCGCUACGCUGACUGGUGCCAUCGAUGUCAUCGUGGUGAAGCAACCCGAUGGCUCCCUUGUCUGUUCUCCAUUCCACGUCCGCUUCGGCAAGAUGGGCGUCCUUCGGAGCAGAGAGAAAAUCGUUGAUAUUCAAAUCAACGGGGAGCCUGUGGAUCUUUACAUGAAGCUCGGAGAAAGUGGUGAAGCUUUCUUUGUGGAAGAAAUGGAGGAAGAGGACACUGUCCCUGAGCACCUUGCAACCUCCCCUAUCCCCUCCUCAGAGAACCUCUUUGAAGAGGGUAUGAAAGAGCUUCACAUCCAGAGACCAUCCCGCCACUCACGCUCCGAGACAGAGAGCAGUCGUGAUUCAGAGCCGACCAUUAAGACCAUGAGCUCAGCCAGUCUGCGGGGAAGCAGUUCCCAGCCUCUUGGUAAAGAGGUGGACAUGCACUCAGUGGGAGAAAAACUUGCUGAUAUCAGCCUCGAAGCCUCAGGGCCAGGUAUAAAAGCCAAAGAGAAGAAGCUGACAAAGACAAAGAACUCCUUGAAGACCCUUCAGGAUGUGGAAGCAGGUUCGAGCCAGGAGGAGGACGUGUCGUCCAAAGUUGAACAAAGACUCGGUGCAGGGUCAAGCCCUCACACGACGGAGAGCAUUGCAAUAGAAACUGAAUCCAAAGCGAACAACUCAAGGAGCAGGAUUCGUGCCAAAAGGCGGCGGAGGAAAAGCGGGAAGGGCGGCAAGAGCGAGAAGACUCCGCCGCAAAACAGUAACGUCAGGAGAGUAGCUACAAUGUCAGAAUCCAGCACGUCAUCUUCGCAGCAUUCCGAUGAAGAGUUGGAAGGCAUCUUUCCCAUCGAUGACGUCGAGGGCGAUGAAAAAGACGACCAUCAGGUAGAUCGUCCAGUCAGCUUGGUGGCCGAUGAAUUUGUGUCUCGCGAGGAUUGGAACAAUCUCACUACCCCAACACAAAGACCUUUCCAUGUCUUCUCUGACGGAGACUACACACCAAUCGUCAGCCCCCAGGCCACCCGUCCAUCCACACCAAAGAGCGACACAGAAGCCGAUCAUCUACGGCAGUCAAACCUGAGGCAAGCCAACAAGGCAGCCGGAGUGGACAAGUUUGAGUGGAACUGGGGAGAACUGCCAGAGCAACCAUCGGAUAACAAGAGCACCCAGCCCUCCACCACCCCCUCCUCCACCUCUCAGGGCAAGGGGGAGGAGAAGAAAGCCUCCAUCUGGAGCAAGAUCUUCAGCAGCAAGAACGAGGAUCCACGAGAGGGCGGAAUGUAUCUCCAGGAUCUGGCCUCGGAAGAGGUCGACCCUGAGGUCUAUGCACUCUACUUUCCAGAAAGCUCCCAGGUCCCAGGAAACCGCAUCAGGGCCAUCCAGGAAGUCAAAGACGAGGACAAGUCGUCCGACCUUGGCAACUCACUACCUCAGUCGCCGAACACUGUCGGGGUUAGCGACUCGGAAUCACACCACAGUACUACAGACUCUCAUCACAGUGCAUCGGACCUUCACCAUGGCAUGGAGUCCAGCCAAGGCUGCGCUGAUACAAUGGAGUACCUUCGAGGGAUGGAACUCUCGCUUUGUGGAGGACUCAAAGAAGAUGAAGAUACCAUAGAAUUGGAUCAUUUUAAGAAGCACCUGAUAAGCUAUGAGGAAUUCAUAAAGGAGCCAAACAUGUUGGCCAAUCCUAAGCUGGUGAUCAGAAUCAAUAAUAAGUUCUUUAACUGGCAGAUGGCUGGACCUAUUAUAAUCUCACAGCUUGCCUUCCAGAAACCUCUACCAGUCGAUGUUGCUAGUAACCUGAUGAAAGAGAACCUUCCCAAAGGAAGGAAAAGUAUAACCUCUUGGUUCUGGGGAAGCUCACCCAAGCCAUCUACACCAAAGAAGGAGCUUGCUACAGACUCAUUUCAGGAUGAUCUCUUGAUUCAACAAGAAGAAUAUGAAAGUACUAUGCAGAGGAAGGACUCCAUAGAAUCUGGUCCAAACUCUGCAGACGAAAUGGAGAUGGCCGGAGAGAAAUCGCAGAGGAUGAGAAGAGGAACAGAGAGAUAUAAGAAAGCCAUCAGACUGUCAUCUGAACAACUGGCUAAAUUGAAUCUCCAGCCGGGAGCUAAUGAGAUCCGAUAUUCAGUGACAACUCGUUACCAGGGUACAUGUGUGUGUGAAUGUACCAUCUACUACUGGAACUACAACACCAAAAUCAUCAUCUCAGAUAUCGAUGGUACUAUUACAAAGUCGGAUGUCUUCGGUCAGAUCUUGCCCGUGCUAGGUAAGGACUGGACGCACAUCGGCGUUGCACAGCUCUACUCCAACAUCAAGCUCAAUGGCUACAGCUUCCUCUAUCUGUCGUCCAGGGCCAUCGGUCAAGCCAGGCUGACCAAGGGCUAUCUUAACAGUAUUCAGCAGGACAAAGCUUCAUUACCCGAUGGCCCUCUUUUGCUGAACCCCAGUUCUCUCUUCCAAGCAUUCCAUAGUGAGGUGAUAAUCAGAAAACCAGAGGAAUUCAAGAUCAAGUGUCUGAAAGACAUUGAAUCUCUCUUCCCAUCUGGCGGCAAGCCGUUCUAUGCUGGCUAUGGCAACAGAAUCAACGAUACGUGGGCAUAUCGAGCUGUUGGUAUCCCCGUCUCUCGUAUCUUUACCAUCAACCCCCAGGGGAAGGUCACCCAUGAAAUGACAAAGACAUUCCAAUCAUCGUAUCCAAGAAUGAAAGACUUGGUGGACCAUGUGUUUCCGCUUCUUCACCGGCAGACCAGAAUGGCCUUUGAUGCUCCUGCGGAGUACAGUGGAUUCACCUACUGGCGGAACCCUCUGCCUAAUAUUGCCCCCGAUGAUGAACUCCUCAAGUUGCCAUGAAGUACCAUGUAUUUUUUACUUCUCCAAUUGCAGACCAGAAUGGCCUUUGAUGCGAUCAGCUUUAUGUGCAGACUUGCAGUCAAUCCCCGUGUUUCCAACCGAAUUGUCCAGUUUUUGAAGUUUUUAUUUCCCUACAUAACUGAACAUUCAGAUUUGGGUGUCAAUUUCUGUAUUCAGGUUGAGCAAACACACUCAGGUACAGUAAUUCUUGAGGGUGAUUUUUUGUCUCAAGGUAUGCAAGUCCAAAAAUGCAAAAGCUCGCUACCAUGGGCCCAUGAGGGACAACUCCCCCACUCCCUCCCUCCUCCCCCCUCCGUCAAUUUACUCCCUUGCAAUAAUUUGUUCUGUUUUCUGCAUUUCAAAUGUUGGCAAAUCUGCAACUGUGGGGUACUAAUAAAGUCAUAUAUAGUGUUAACCAUGCAGGAAACACAUGGUCAAGAUGAUUAGUAGUAGUUGAAAGCGAUUUUUAACAAGCUUUGUGAAAUAAGGCCUUGAUAGAGGGAACCCAUUGAAUGUAAAGAUAUCAACCGAGUGCUGCUAUGUCUGACAUUGCCUGCGUAUCGCACGUCUUUCAGGUACAUCAUAGUAGCUUCUGUAUUCAAUGUGUGGUCGUUGCUUUCACUGUAUGAUGGAGUUGUGUAAAUAUGGAACGUGUGUUGCCAAAUUCUCAGGAUAAAUAUUGAGAUUAUAUGAUAACUCAUAUAUCGAAAAGGCAUAUGAAAUAGUGAGCCUGUUGGUAGAGUAUCACAGUCACAGUCUGUAAGCAGUGCGAGGUAUCUACCCGAUUAUGCAAUUUAUAAGCAUCCACUUUUGAUAGAAAAUCAUGUAUGAUCGUACAUGGGUCCAAAUGUUAUGCAGAAUUUGGAUGCGUAUGAAAGUGAAAGUUGUUUCUUUUCAGAUAAUUUGCUGCAAUUGUUGAGAAACAGAUAUUUUGCUGCAAUUGUUGAGCUGAUCUAGUCUUUUUGUCAAAAGUGGGCAUUAUAGUACUAUUAAUUUUGCAAAAAUCUUGUGUAUUAUUUUAUACAAUAGUGAUAUAAUGUGUUGCAUCUUAUGUGCUUGCAUAUAAUGUUAUAUUUUGAGCUUCCAUAAAAAAAGUAUAUAUUAGAGCUAUUUAAAGUAACAUACGGCUCACUUUUAUUGUCUCACCCGGUGAAGGCGAGACUUGGGGAUCCAAAUGUCGUUUGCACAUUAUGACACACAACUCCGCAACCGUAAGUCACUUUUCACCCAAAUUUGGGUUGUAGUUGUACUGAGAUGACCUGCAUGUCAUCGGGCGAUCAGAGGUCACAUGGUAAGGCCAACAUUGAGGACUGUUAGUCCAUCCCAGUCCCAGUCAUUUCACAAUGCUGUUGUGUGUCCUUGCAAAACGUGGCGACAUAUAUUUCCCCUGAUGAAAACUUAAUUUUUUAAGCUGCUAGCAUAUGACAUUUUAAAUUCUUUAACCCUAUCGAGGCUGGGGUAUUUUGGGAGUUCAUAUGGCCCGGAGGGGGGGGGGGGCGGCGCUCCCAGUCCCCCCUUUACAUCUUGGCCGUUGACUGCGCGAUCGCACCGAAAAUUGGCACGCAGGUUGUCUGGGACAUAAUCUACAAAAUUGUAUAGUAAUUUAUUUCAUGCAAAUUGCUAUUAAGCAAUUAUGCUAAUUUAUGAGAAUUAGUAUGCGAAAUCAUACUUUUCCCCUCUAACUCCCCAAAUAAAGCUCCAAAUGUUCUAAUUUUUGGUAUAAAAACUCUUUGUGGUGUUCCUAGCAAAGUGUACGUGAAAAAAUUGCGAUAUCAAUUCCUUAUGUAUUUCUUUGUUUUUGGACCUUUUGUUUGGGACUCUUCUGAGAUCAUAAACAGCAUAAAAUGAAUACAUUUAGACCAGCAAAACUAAAAAUAAUCAUAUAUUUAUGAUUUUUGGUUGCAAUUUUUGGUCUGACAAGCACUCACAUAAUGUUGCGUAAUUUCGGAACCGCGUAUCUGGGCGACGCAAAACUGAUCUCAAAAGUUGCAAAAGACUUGAAAGUAAAAAGUCACCGAGCAACGAGGUCAAAAAAUUUCAUUCAGCGAAAAAUAUUGCUCGGAUCGUUGAACUUCCCUAUGGCCCGUAUUCUGAACUUGGGUUUAAAUUAAGCCCUGGUUUAAAGUGGUGGUUUAACUAUGGCACGAAUCCCCAACAGUAAACAUUCAAUUUAUUAACUCAUGACACCCAAAUUGUUCAUAAUUGUCUCGGAAUGAUAAUUGAAGUAUUUUUAUAUGUUAUGAAUGCAAAAUGAAACAAAAUAGUAAAAACAUAAGUAAUAUACAAUAUAAACAGAAUUUUUGAAUUGUUGACUUCCCAUAAUUUUAGUACCGAGUUAGACCAUGGUCUAAGCUAAACCCUACUUCAGAAUACAGGCCUAUCAGUUUAGACCAGGGUGUGAUCUAAAAGCCAGCUCUAUCUAUCAUGUAUGUAUAUAUGUGCAAUUGAUUGUAAUUUUAAAUAUUUUUAUUAGUAAAUGCACUCGUUGAAUGAAGAAAAACAAAAUU